UGUGUGUGUGUGUGUGUGUGUGUGUGUUUGUGUAUGUGUGUGAGAGAGAGAAGAAAGCAGGGGGUUUGAAACUACUCAAUUUGGCUCAGCUACUAGGUGCAAAGUGUUUUCUUGAUUGAAUCAAACAAUCAGAACCAAAACUGGUUGUGAAUAGGACCUGUACACCUCCCUGAAUCAAUCAAAGCCAUUGUGUGAGAGAUGGGUCACACCUUAAUCAUUUGUUAUAAAAGAGAGAAGGUUGUCUCAGAGUUGAGGAAGGAAGGAAGAGACUAAGAGGAAGAACUGCACUGAACCAGAGAAGAACGAUAAUUUGGAGAAUUCUUGACAGCUGGCGUCUUGAAGGUCUAGGAAGUUCCAAGAAAAGGAAGCCCCAACAAUGCAGAACGAGUCGAGGAUAAUCAAAGACGAAGAUGUGUGUUUUAACAUGGGCAUGAAAAGAGCUCCGCCAUUCCCCCAUUGCCUACAGUUGGGAGCUCCCAGGAUGAAAUCCCACCAGAGACCACCCUUUGCAGAAGAGUUCAGGGGGCCCUUUGCGCAAUUUCGGUACGAACCUCCUUCAGGAGACCUGGAUGGAUUCCCAGGAAUCUUGGAAGGAGGUGGGUCUCGAAAACGGAAGAGCAUGCCCACCAAAAUGCCCUAUAACCCCCCUCCGGCCGAUGCCACGACUUCCCACCAGUCGGAGAAGGACAAAAGCCACGGCCUCCCUUUGCUUUUCCAGCAGCCCCCUGCCCCUAAGUACGAUGCUCAGAUGAUUGACCUCUGUAACAUCGGCUUCCAGUUCUACCGCACCCUGGAGCACUUGGGGGCCAAGCCCAUCAAGCAGGAGCCCCUCAAGCCUAGCACCAUGUGGUCCCCCCCGCCUCCCUCACCCUUCCUGUCUACGCCAUACUCCUACUACCCCAAGGUCCACCCGGGCCUGGUGUUCCCUUUGUUCAUGGCUCCCCCGGGCUUCGCCUACAGCCGCCAUUCCUUCCAGCCCAAGCAUCCAGCCCAGCCGGCCGUGCCCGCGAAAGCCGAGAGCCAGGAGAGCGAGGAAAGCAAGCAGAAGGUGGAGCGGGUGGACGUCAACAUCCAGAUCGAUGACAGCUACUACGUGGACGUGGGCGGGGAGCAGAAGCGCUGGCAGUGCCCCAUGUGCGAAAAGUCCUACACCUCCAAAUACAACCUGGUCACCCACAUCCUGGGCCACAGCGGCAUCAAGCCCCACGCCUGCAGCCGCUGCGGGAAGCUCUUCAAGCAGCUCAGCCACCUGCACACCCACAUGCUGACCCACCAGGGCACGCGGCCCCACAAGUGCCAGGUCUGCCACAAGGCCUUCACACAGACCAGCCACCUCAAGCGGCACAUGAUGCAGCACAGUGACGUGAAGCCCUACAACUGCAGGAUCUGCGGCCGUGGCUUCGCCUACCCCAGCGAGCUCAAGGCACAUGAGUCCAAGCACGAAAGCGGCCGUGAGAACAUCUGUGUGGAGUGCGGCCUGGACUUCCCCACCCUGGCCCAGCUGAAGAGGCACCUCACUUCUCACCGUGGGCCCAUCCAGUACAACUGUACCGAGUGUGACAAGACCUUCCAGUACCCCAGUCAGCUGCAGAACCACAUGAUGAAGCACCAAGAUAUCCGGCCCUACAUCUGCUCUGAGUGUGGGAUGGAGUUUGUGCAGCCCCAUCACCUCAAGCAGCAUUCGCUCACCCACAAGGGUGUAAAGGAGCACAAAUGUGGCAUCUGCGGGCGGGAAUUCACCCUGCUGGCCAACAUGAAGAGACAUGUGUUGAUUCAUACCAAUAUUAGGGCCUACCAGUGCCAUCUAUGCUUCAAGAGUUUUGUGCAGAAGCAGACGCUGAAAGCCCAUAUGAUCGUGCACUCGGAUGUGAAGCCUUUUAAAUGCAAGCUGUGUGGGAAAGAGUUUAACCGAAUGCACAAUCUCAUGGGCCAUAUGCACCUGCACUCAGACAGCAAACCUUUCAAGUGCCUCUACUGCCCCAGCAAGUUCACCUUGAAAGGGAAUCUGACCCGCCACAUGAAGGUCAAACAUGGAGUCAUGGAGAGAGGAUUUCACUCUCCAGGUUUUGGAAGAGGAAGAAUGGCCCUUUCCCAGACAGUAGGGAUGUUGAGGAGCUUGGAACAAGAGGAACCUUUUGACCUUUCACAGAAACCUCGAGAAAAAGGUACCCCCUUUCAUUCUGAUGGCGAGAGUGCCAAGGGAAGCUCAUGCCCUGAAGAGGAGGAGGAAGAUACCUACGAGCCUGAACAAUACAGCCCUGAUACAUACCAGCAGAACAAGCGGCUGUACACGCCCCAGGACCUGUCUAGAAAAACUGAGCAAGUGAUGAAAACUCUACAAGAGUCCUAUGGUGAAGAGAAGGAAGAUGCUCUGAAAGAAGCCUUGGAGGAGAAAGAGAAAGACGGCUUCAGUGCAAAAGGAGGUCAGGAGAGAGACUUUGCUUGCUUAAGGGCUUUUCAGAGUGGCAGGCUCGAGCCUUCUUUUUCUGAUUAUCUUUACUUUAAGCAUAGAAAUGAGAGUUUAAAAGAAUUACUGGAGAGGAAAAUGGAAAAACAAGCGAUGCUUUUAGGUAUCUAAAUGGACAGUUUCAAAAUUACCUUUUGGAAAAUGAGAACCAGUUGGCUCAGAUGCAGCUUUCAGCAGGAGCUAUAAUUUGCUGGGGACUGCCCAUUUGGGCAGCUCUUUAAAGAUGAUUGGACUAAAUCAAUAAGAACAAAACAACUUAAGGCAAAGCAAAUGCCUUGCAGGUGGUCUGUUGGCUCUUUCAGAUCAACAGCACACUUUGGAGUCUUCUCUUCAGUAUUAUUAUAGUCCCUACUUUUAGAACAAUGUAAUAUUCCCAUGGAUAUUUAAUUGCAAGUGGACUCUCAGUUGGUUACAGGGAUCUUAUUUUCCUCUUUCUAAUACUGCCCAUAUGCAUCACACCCAUACCAUUUCUUUCUAGUUGCCAAAUAGCAACAGUUCUUCAGGUAUUAACUUACUAAUUGUGAUUUAGUAACAAAUAGACAUGGUAGAUCUCAAGAAAAUAUUUUUUUUUCCAAAUAGACUAAAAUAUCAUUAAGUGGAUAUAUGACAAUAGCAUUUUAAUAAUUUUUAAGAAGAAACUUUCCAUACUUACCAGAGAUGACUACAAUAACUCAAGAGAUAGUCAUGGGAUCUGGAUGUUCCCAAAAUAUUGCUGGAUCUAAGAUAAGAUUUCUUUAAGUUGUCAAGUGUCUGAGAAGUUGGAUUUAGAAAAACUAAGUUCCUAGCUAUAUAGAUUCAUGUCCUAGUCCUCCCGUUCCUUUUUGUAAGGGAAACUUGAACUCAAAAUCUUCAUGGUCUUCCAAUAAUACACCAUGUGUUCUAGAUCUCCAGUACAUGCACUAGCUAUGGAAUCCAACAAUCCUAGGUUCUAGUCCCAGCCUUGGUCACUUGGUAAAGCUAGGAAAAUCUUUGUCUUUGUGGGUCUUUUCUCAUUUGUAAAAUUGAGAGUAUGGUACUGGAUGAUCUCUAGGUUCCUUGCAACAUUCGAUCCUAUGAUCAGAGGAUCUUGAGAAAUUUGCCCACCAUCACAUCUAACCUUUAUGCCAACAAAGUAGAGUGGGGGAAAUGCAUUUUGCUAAUGGAGCAAUAAUUUUUUUCACCCUAUAGUCCUCUCAAGCCUAGAGCUGGGAAAGAUGUCCUCUCUUGAAAUUUAAGCUCUAACUUUUGGAGAUUUUACAGCCAGUGGCCAAAAGCCUAACAUAAAUGAAAUUUUGUAGUAUUCCUUACCUGCCUUUGAAACCCUUACCCUAUAGCACAACAAACACUUGUCCCCUGAUUUCUGAUUUGGUUCCCUCUCAUCAAGAAAGUCACAAAUCUCCAAUUUACCGUCUCUACUUUGUUUUAAUCAUUGGUAGACUAUAUACAUACAUAACACAUCUAUAUAUUAAUAUACAUGUAGAGGUGUGUGCAUUAUAUACACAUUUUGUGUAAGAGGAUGCUUAUGGUGCUUGUUUUCAUUUGUUUUGAUCACUUUAAUCAGGCUGAUGAUUUCUAAUAAGACUCUAAGCCUGCAAUUCCACUAGAGGCCUCUGGGCAAAUAUGAUGAUCUCAAGACACUUUCAAUGCAGUAAUAUUUGAAAAUAUAUUUCUUCCUUGCCUAUCUCCCAAGAGACUGGCUCAGGGUUACGUGAUGUCGGGGCAUUUUUCACAUCUAAACAAGUGCCUUCUACAUUCAGAUACUAAGGGAGGGGUCAAUUACUGCUCAGCAUCCAUCUGUCUUCCACAUCACCAUCUUUGGGAUUCCUAUUUCUCAACAGUUCAUUCCACUGACUGUUCUUGAGUGGAGAGGGGGUGAUUCUAAGAUACAGGAAAUAAUGACAGUUCAUUGAGAUAGUACAUUGUUAUGAAAACUCUUCAAAAUUCAAUGAUGGCAGCAUAACUUUAGGUAGGAUUUCCUGUGGCAGACUUGUAAAAUUCAGUGAACCAGUCUACCUUACACUCCUCUGCCAUAUCAGGGACCUAUCAUAGUAUGUAUCCAUAAGAUCAUCCCCAUAGUCCACAUCUUCUUUCUCUGUAAUCCCAGAGACAAAUUCCACAGUCAUAAAGAAAUCUGGUACAGGUACAGAGUAUAGUAAACUACUUUAUAACAAAAGUCCAGCCCCUGAAAGGCAAAUUUAUCAGUGAGUCAGGAAGCAGAACCUGACUCUAACUGAUCUAACUAGUCUAGGUAACAUUUCAACUUCUCCCCUUCUCUUCCUUCAGGUCACAGUUUGUUGAUCACAUCAACCAAUUCACUGGCAUCAGUUUCAGAACAAAAAUGCCUUUCCAUGAUUUCCAACCUGCUGGAAAAUGACAGCUACAGGAAGCUGGGCACUGGGCAUGGGCUAAAUGGCUUCAAUAGAAAGCUGUCAUAACCGUGACCCACAAGCUCAUCCCUAGUGUAGUCCCAAUGGCACUAAUUAUCAAGGUGGACCUAAACCUGGCAACAGUGAUCGAGCUGAAGCAAACAUCCAACUUCCAUGUGAAUGUCUUUCCCCAUGCUUUCAUUUGAAAUGUUAGAGUUUUUGAAAGUAGGAUGAGGAGUUUAGUGGUUUCUUUAAAAAAAUUACCUUUGAAAAAUCCUAGCCAGAAGUGUGAGUAAUAAAGGCCUAGUAGAUGUUUUCAACCAACACAGUGAUUAUUGGAAGUGAUUAUUGAUGGUUAAACUAAUAUUUAUAUGAACAGAGCAUGGUCUAGAAGUAGUUGUUAAAACUUGGUACUGGAAAUCAAGUGAAUUGUGAGUUGUGUAUGAUUUGGUGUCUGAUUUAAGGCUUCAGUGUGGUGACAAAAGGAUUAAUUGCAUUUAAAAUAAGAAUAAGGUUAUAUUUUGGAUCAUGACAGGCUGUACAUUGUCAUGUCCAUGAUAUAAGUAUCUCAGAGUGUCCUGGAAUAUGUUUUUUCCCCCGUGGCAUUUGGUAUGUCAUGUGUCUUUGUGUUGGCCUUCUCACUCCAACAUCAGAAUGAAAAUUUAAGAGUUCAUCAAGAAAACCAUUUUUAGGAAGCAAAGGAAUCUAAACAGAGUUCCCAAUUUAGGGAAUUUGACAUCAUUUCUCAAAUUAUUUUAGAUGUUCAAGAGCAGAGAUGUCAAACUGGAAGCCUGGCUAACAGGAACCAGAUUAAAAUGUAAUUGGGAAAUAAUUAAUAAAGGGAAUAAAAAUACAGCAGGACAUAGAUAAUGUUAAUAAGUGAUUUUUAAAAUCGGUAUGUCCCCUGCUGGGAUCCUUAUGUACAAUUUAGUGGCUACACUUCUAUUUAAUAA